AUGGCUUCCAAACAUGAAAGAAAUGUAUUUGAAAGUGCAGUUCAGAGCGAUGCACCUGAUGUACAAAUCGCCAUCGGCGUUGAGCCGAACGCUGCAACGAGAUAUGCGAGGCGAAAGGUUGACACCACCGUCCUUCCACUCCUGUUCCUAGGCUUGCUGGUCUUCCAGUUGGAUCGCAUGAAUCUCGCCAGUGCGCUUACCGAUGGCUUCGCGAAAGACAUAGCUGUGAACCAAAACACCAUAAAUCUCGGCAACCAGCUCAUGUUUCUGGGUAUCGUCGUGCUGGAGAUCCCAUCCAACAUCAUUCUUCAACGUAUCGGCCCACGAAAGUGGAUCUCGGCACAGGUUUUUAUCUUUGGCUUUGUAGCGACCUUACAGGUCUUUGUGAGAAACGAAGCCGGCUUUUUAGUAUCGAGGUCCUUCUUGGGAUUGUGCGAAGCCGGGUACAUCCCAGGCGGAAUCUAUACGCUGUCGACAUGGUACACGAAGCGCGAGCUUGCGAAGCGAGUGGCAAUUUUCUUCUUUGGCAUGUUCGGCGGCAAUGCAAUCAGUCCGAUACUAGCGAGUGGCAUUCUACAGCUGGGCGGUCGUGGAGGGAUGAAGGGAUGGCAGUGGCUUUUUUUGCGUGAGUCAGGUCGUCUCCCCGAUGUUCGCACAAUUGACCGGACUCCAGUCGAAGGCGUGUUUACAAUGGUUGUUGCGAUUCUACUGCUGUUGCUUCUCCCUGGGAGUCCCGAUGAGCCUCGUCCAUUGCUCUCUCCUGGCCUGAUUCGGUUCACAGGUGUUGAUCGAGAAGCUCUUCGACAGCACCUUGAGACAGACGACGAGGAGAAAAAGUAUGGGGCUCAGGGAAUGCAUAUUCCGCUGUCACUAGUCUGGCAGACGCUGAAGCACUACCGUCGAUGGGCUUCUUUUGUAUCAACGUUCGCCGUCUUCUCAACUUGGUCGUCUUUGACCACGUACACCCCGACUAUCAUCAUGGCCUUGGGGUUCACCCGUAUACAAGCGAAUCUGUUGGCCUCGGUUGGUGGCUUCCUCGCCCUUGGUGUAGUGUUCUUCUUCGGUUGGCUAUCCGACCGGACCAACAAACGGGGGAUGGCUGUGAUCAUAGCACACAUCUGCUAUUUCGUUGUGCUUAUCGUAGCCCGUUCGGUGCAUCCCUCGGUGGGCAAGUGGUUUCGCUGGGGUUUAUGGACAACGAUCAAUGCUUUCGCUAUUGGCUACCACCCUGUCCAUAAUUCCUGGGUCCAACUAAAUUGCAAAGAUCCUCGCGAGCGCAGUAUUAGCAUCGCGAUGUGGGUCAUGGCUGCAAUCUCGGGCUUGAUGGUCGGUACACAGUACUAUCGUGCUGAUGAUGUACCAUUCUACAAAAAAGGGCUGAGAAUACAGAUCAUCAUGGUCGCAGUCGGCAUGCUCUUCGCCGUUUUGCAGGAAGUCGUAUACGUGUCGUAUAAUCGGAAAGUUUUGAGGAAGUGGGAAGCAGAGGGUGGCAAGAGACCAUGGUUGUACACGCCCUGA